GAUUGUAUACACCUGUGUCCAUGGAGGGGAUUGGAACACCUGAAUCACAUGAUUGGGAGGGGAUUGGAGCACCUGAAUCACACAUGAUUGGGAGGGGAUUGGAACACCUGAAUCACAUGAUAUGGAGGGGAUUGGAGUACCUGAAUCACAUGAUAUGGAGGGGAUUGGAACACCUGAAUCACAUGAUUGGGAGGGGAUUGGAGCACCUGAAUCACAUGAUUGGGAGGGGAUUGGGAAACACCUGAAUCACAUGAUUUGGAGGGGAUUGGAACACCUGAAUCACAUGAUUGGGAGGGGAUUGGAACACCUGAAUCACAUGAUUUGGAGGGGAUUGGAACACCUGAAUCACAUGAUUUGGAGGGCGGGCCCAACACUUUCAGCAAUA